AAACUGUGCUUUCUCAGCACGCAAUGUAGGUCAGUGCUGCCGGCAGUCGCUGCUGCUGCUCGCUGUGACCAGCAGUGAGGCUGCAAUGGGUCCCCAUCCCAUCGCCGUGGGGCAGCAGCCCCACUCCUGUUGUCACCGCUCGGCUCCCGCGUGCUCCUGACCCCGGUAACCAUCUGCAGGCUUGAGGGCUGAGAUGGCUUCUUUCUGCUUUGCUCUUUGCUUUUCAUCUAUUCGGCAACAGGGUGCUGGGGGAUUUGUAACAGAGAUGGGAUCAGAGAGAUGUAUCUGGAGACGAGACUGCUCUCGUGCCUUCUGGCUUUGGAGUUUGCCAGUGCUGUAAACUGGAAUGAAAACGUGUGCAUAAGAAAUGCCCUGAGGAGCAGAGCUGUGACUUCACGCUGCAACUGGCUGCCGUGAGCAUUUAUUAUUUGCUCAGAGUUCUUCCUAGACCACGAGUGUUGUUUCUUUUAAUUUGCUCCAACUUGCAGGAGGUGUGCGGGCAGCUGGGAGGCCUUCAGAGCCCCUCCCUGGGUCAGUUUGGCGCCUGGCUGCUCCUUAUGAAUGCUUUCACUGUGCUUGAAGAAAAUGAGGUCAGCGCACACAUCCCGAAGGUAACAGGGGGAGAAGUGCAAAGGCGUGAGCUGCAUUUGGGAGGUUGUUUCGGGCUGGACUGUACUGCUUUGAAGCUUUUUGAAGCUCGGGGUGGAUAAUGCUCUUUUGAAGCUUUUACAGUGGAUUCUGUGCCCCGUUCCCAAAAAGGAGCCCUUCAUCACUGCCCCCAGGGCCAGCGGGUGCAGUGGGAUGGGAGAAGUGAGCCAGGUGGGAAGGAGGGUGAAGGGAGUGCAGGGAACUUCAGGGGAGCCUGGAGCCAUGAGCUUGUGUCCUUGGAGAGGUAGGAAAGCCCCUGCUGGGCCUGAGGGGCAGCAGCUGGAUCACAGUAGGUUGGGGACAUCAGGAGAGUUUGGUGUUCCCAUCCCAUGGCACCACAGCCAUGUGGGUUUGGCUGUUUCCAGGGAUGGAGGCUCCACAGCAGCCCACUCGCAAGCCCCGGCACCUUUAUGGCAAAAUUAUUUUUCCUUGAGUUUCAGUGGAAUUUUGAUCUCCAUCCCAGCUGUGCAGCCAUUGCUCCAUCAGAUCUCUUGCCACACUGGGCAUGGGGGCUGGCUUCCCAGUGUCCCCGACUGCCCCCAGCACCCCAGGCUGGGUGUCUGGCAGCACUGAUGCCUUCCCUCAUCCCCAGGCUAUGCCCCACACAGGCAGCAGCCACAGCCCAGGCCAUGGCAGGAGGCGGAGAGGCUUUCGUGCUCCAUAUUCUGCUCUGCAUCCUGGGCAGAGGUGCUGCCCAAAUCAGGUGCCUGGGGCACGUGAGGAUCGAGCCAGGCUCAGUGGUGCCAAUGGGUUCCAACGUCUCCAUCACCUGUGUCUCGGCGCUGGACUGCCCGUGGGCGAGCCUCUCCAUCCUGCUCAACCUCACAGCCCCCGAGGGUCCCCCACGCCUUCUCAACAGCAGUGCGGCCCAGCUGCAGCUGCGUGGUUUCCGCCUGCCCUUCAGCAUCAUCACCUGCCUUGCCCGCUGUCCCAACAGUUACUGGAACGAGGUGAUCUGCGGGACGGAGCUCUGGGCCGGCUCACACAGACGGCGCAGGAGGAUGUGUUCCCCAUGGAUGCACCGGUGCCCUUGAGUGCACUGAAUGGCAGCAGUCACUACCUGGCGUGGGUGCAGGCCAGCAAUGCACUGGGCACGGCACGCUCAGCUCCUCAGCACCUCGACCUGCAGCAGCUCGUGGUGCCCGCCGUGCCCCUGGCUGAGAGCGCGGAGACGACGGCGGGGUCACCUCCCACCACCACCAUCCACUGGCGACAGCAGACGGAGCUGCAGGACGUGCGCUGCGAGGAGCGGCACAAGGCAGUGGGUGCUGCGGAGUGGCAGGUGACAGCAUGGGACAGUGCAGUGCAGCGUGGACACCAACUUCAGAGUGCCACCAGCUAUGUGUUCCAGGCACGGUGCCGGCUCAGCACUGCAGGCAGCCCCUGGAGUGCUUGGGGUCUGCCCUUCAUCUACAGCACACCUGAGGCUGCCCCCGCGACAGCACCCGACGUGUGGCGGCGGCUGGGCCGGCAGUUCCCCAACGGCAGCCACGAGGUGACAGUCUUGAUCAAGCCGCCCCGCGAUGCUCGCACACCCAUCCUGGGUUACGUCGUUUGGGCCGGAGCCUCGCGUCCUUUCUGCAACACGUCGAGCACAGCCUGCAGCCUCCUCCUGCCUCCAGCACUGCUCGACCUCCGCGUCACCGCCUACAACGCCCGGGGGGCUUCGAGCCCCGCCCGUGUGCCGCUCCGCCGGGACCCCAGCCCGGAAGCCUUUCCACCACCACUGGCUGUGGAUGUGCAGCACAAGAACCAGAGCACCAUAUUGGUGGCCUGGCAGCCCCCCCGACACAGCAGGACCCCCCCACUCUGGUACAUAGUGGAGUGGGUUUGUACAGCUCCAUACAGCCACGAGGAAGAGUUCUUUUGGAAGAAAGUCCCAGGCCAGGACACCCACACCUACAUCCAAGAGGAUGCAGCAGCAGGAAGCCACAUCAGCGUGUCAGUGUAUGCAGCCUACCCAGACGGAGUGAGCAAACCAAGCUCUGGCCAAGUUUCUUCGGAGGACAGGAUGUUGGACAUCAUUUACCAGGAGACUUCGCAUGAUGAUGACAUCAGGUUUUUCCUGGGAAUGGGUGUCAGUGUGAUCAUAAUAUCUGUGGUUCUUGUCAUUCUGAUGUUGAAAAAAUCAGCUAGGAAAAGAACUAAGGCAGCAGUGGCACUGGUCUUGCCAAAAUGGCUGCUUGAAGAUUUCCCCCACGUGGAAAACAGCAGGGUGAUAAAGUCCUUCCAGGAAAAGAGUGAAUUCACAAGCAGCAUUUUCAGUGGGCCGGUCCCGGAUAACAGUGACCCCACAAUUACAGAAAUACAGGAGCUGUCAGGGCACAAGAAAUACAAGAAGGUGGACAUCAAAAAGGAACCCAGCAGCGUGGUCCCUGAGAACGUGGAGCACCCACAGAGCUCAGCACCCCCCCACAGCACGGCCACGGAGCAGGUCGGUGACUACAAACCCCAGAUCUCUGAUGCAAACACACUGGGAUAUGUAGCUGCCAACAUCGGCCUAACACAGCCCUACACGCCGGCUCCAGAACCAGAGACAAGUAUUUUCUUCAGAGACUACAGCAGCCCCUUCAGCUACCUGUGGGAUGCUCAAGGAGCUGAAGGGCCCCAGAUCUGCCUGCUGGAUAAGAUCAACCUGGUUUUAAACAACGACAGAAGUGGGCAAAACCACGCGUUCAGCUCUGCCCAGGAGGAACAAAAUACACUUCUGGAAAACCAGUGGGAAAAAACACUGUACAGUGAAGGAGCUCAGGAACAAACCUUGGUUCCAGAUGAGCUGGUUUCUUGCUUAAGGGCAACGAAUGGAGGAUCUGUGGAUAUACAGACCUGCUUUCCGCAGAGCAUUGGGAGAUUGUUUUGAGAGAAGCUGUGAUUAAAAGCCCACAGACUUGUGGCAAUCCCAUCGUGACACAUAUCUGCCUUUGAGAUGUCAAACAUCAGAGCCGAAACAAAACUCCAGAUCUGAAACUCUCCCCCUUAACCGACCACAAAUAGCUUUUGGAUGCCUUGGCCAGUAAAACAUCAUUUUAAUUUUACCUCAUGUUUUUACAAACACGAAAAUGUGAGCUUGGAUUCCUGUAGGAACUGCAAUACAAAGCAGGUGAUUCUUACAGGAUGCAUUCUGCUUCAUUUAUUAGCCUAAGGCACUCUCUUGUUAAAUAUACAGAACAUGUAACACCUGGAGCUGAUUGCCUUCAAGAUGGAUAAAACCAUGCCUGAGGUAUUCUGGCUGAAGUGUGUAAAAUAGCUUGGGAUCACCCCCAAUGAAGAGACACUACAAUGAGGACAGUUUACACAUCAUGCAGCAGCCAUGGAUACCAUACGAAAUCUUUUCUGUUUGACAGAAUAGCCCAAUUUCAUUUUCCUUUCCAUUCAAUAAGAAAAAAAUCCAUCAGGUAAGAACAAACCUUCAUCAUCUUGGCCUGCCAGCCCCGCUGAGAAUCUCUGUCUCCAUUUGUCACUGGGCAGAUUCUUCAUUUUGGAUGAAGGAUUCAUCACCUCAUGUCAGUUUGUCUGCGGUUUGGCUUUGCUGCUCUGUACGAAGCAGAACACGGCAGAGAGAAAUGGCAUUUAUUCAUAGAAUCAUAGAAUCACCAAGGUUGGAAAAGACCUAAAAGAUCAUCCAGUCCAACCGUUCACCCAUCACCAAUAGCUCCCACUCAUAUUCAGUGCAUAUGAGGAAAUUUGGAUCUUCUGAGGUGCAGAAAACAAAAUAUCAGAGUCUCCUUCCUGCUGAGUGGUCUUGAAAGCAGUUAAAAGUUUGCCCAGGAUGUCAGAGGUAGCCUUGCAAGAUGGCAAGCAGAAACACCCUGGGAAUGUGAGAGGUUGGAUUAUUAUCACUUCUUUGACUGAUCACCCCAACCUUUUAAGGAAACACUUGAAAUGCUCUGAAGGAAUACAAGCAUAGAAGGAGUUUACUAUACCCUGUAAAAUGGCUGAGCAUUCCAUGAGCAAUGCUCUCCCUAAGGUUUGUUCUACUGGUCCUUCUCUCCUACCUCUUAUCACAGCAAAGACUGUUUUUAUGCCAGAGCUGUGUGCUCAGGGUGGGCAGGAGUUAGUGCCAUGCAGGCAGCACUGCAUGGGGCUCAGGGUGCAGCGAGGGGAGGGCAUUGGUCCUGAAGCCUCCUCCAUGGUGCUCAGAGCAGGACCUUGGGCACUGCAGCACUGCUAACAACAGGUAGCACAAAGGAGCCUCUGAACUGCGUGUCAAUAUGUGUGAUUUCACUCACUGAGGGGUCUGUGCAUCUCACCCAGCUCAGGGUAACGGAGCUGGCUGCGCACGUUGCAGGGAACACAUGCAGGGGAUGUAUUUUGUAAGACUGACAUGAACAAAAUGGCAAAAAAAUAAAAGAAAAAAGGAAACAAGAUCACCUGACUGUGCAUUACCAAACCAAAGGCUGUAAAACAGUCAUAGCAAGACUCAGAAUACUUUUAUAAGAAUUACAAAGCUAAUAUAAAUGCUACCCUACAUGUAAUUAGUUGUCUAGUAUUACCCACUUGAUGACUGUUGGCAU